AUGAACCCCGACAUGACCAAUGACACUUACAACGGAUAUGGCCCUCAACGCUUGCACCAUCCGCUUCUCCCUCGCCCUCCUAUCCCCAUGUACCCCACAUCGGCGCAGCACUUGGUACCUCCAGCUCCCUUCACGUUCAGAGCCUAUCCUCCAGAUGCACGACAAUACGGCGCCCUCCCGACGUCACAGCAUCGCCAGUUCGAUCCCCGCCCACAUGUCCCCACGCCGCCCCUAGCCUUCGGAGCAGCAGCCACCGAUCCUUUCUGGAGCGGAAACCAACCGUUCACUCCGUGGCCUGCGAUGCCGAUGCCCCGAGCGGUGCCACUGCCCACACAGUCGUCGACUCCGGUAGCUGGCGGGUCCAGGAGAAUAAGCCCUGAUUAUGUCCAGUCACACCAUUCACCCGCAUCUUCAUUACCGCCAGUCUUCACCGCACAGUCGUGGCCGCCAGUUGCCAUGCCCCGUGGAGUGGCUUCCCAGGCCACGAGCCCUUCAACGUCUGUGGCCGUCGGUCCUCCCGUCCCUGUCGGCCGACCUGUCGUCGACCCAAGGUCUGGACAACGCCCAGCAAAGCGCAGGCGCGUACAACCCCAGCCAAGUGUCCCUGACGGGACAGCGCUAUCCACCCCUUCUGGGCCGGCUCCCGCUUCACCGCAAUAUGGGACCACCAAGCCCGCCGACGAUGUCUCGGCACAUAUGCAGGUCAUCCGGGACGCGCAUCCGUUUCCCUGCGGGAUUGGAAGAUGCACUACCAUAAUCACUGCAACCAUGGAGGGUGUCAAGGAACACCUGAACACCGUUCACUGUGCCAGGAAUGGCACGCAUAUCCUCGACAAUCCCGACCCUCGGUUCUGCCCAUGGCCGGAAUGCAGGAUCCAUUUGAAAGAUCCCGAGACGCGGCCAGACGAACAGACGCGCCUGCGUCAUAUACUGGAGCGCCACGGGUCCUUCGCGACGUACCGUUGCCUAGUCUGCCGCCGGGAGGUUUCGUGGGCGAACCGCAGCAUGAGGAGGCAUGUGGCUGACUGCCUUAAGAAACUGACAGGGAAGAAGCCAGUGCCUCGCCCUAGGGCACGACAGCCCGGGUCCCCGAGUUUACGGUUCCGCAACGCUUCCUUCGCGGUGCCCACAGCAGGAUGCAUCGAUGAUGAUGCUAUCCUGACAGCGCAUCACCGCGUCGAGAAUACGGCAUCCGGCCAUGGGGGCAGCCCGUCUUCGUCGCCGCAUGCGGCCGCAGAUCAACUGCCCGACGAGAACUCGCAGGACCACAUUGUCGGCUCAGCAAACGCAGUCAACCCUGCGCGGUCCACUCAAUGUUGCUGGGUUUUUGUCGAGUUUGGGCCCGACGGUACGAGGAGGGAGCAUGCGGCCCUCCCAGACGACGCGAGCUCCGAGCCAGAAGACCCCGAGAACGAGUCGCAGGCAGGCUACGAGCACACUUUCAACGCCCGUUCGACAUCGCCUGCGGGAUUCCCCGGUGCUGAGGACGACAAUACUAUUCUCCCUGUACCACUGGGCUCACCCGCAAGUAACGGUGCUGCAGCCCCGGCCGUCUUCGACGAGCAGUUCGACCCAUUCGCGGACAUCGACGAUGCCGAGUUCCGUGUAGCUCUUGAGGCGUACUCCUUCCAGCUCGAACAGAACGCAGCCAAUACCAUCCUGGAACGUUGCGGUGAAGGCAAUGUCGUCUCUCAGGAUAAGCCGUCUUGCUCCUCGGACAUCAACGUCGCCAACGCAGCGGUAGCCUCCGAGCCGGCUCCCACUGAACCUCCAGCUCCGAGCAAGGCGAACAAGGAGAACGUCGCACCGAGCGAUGUCCCAUGGGACUCAGAGUCGAUUGAUGCCCCGGACCCCAUUGCGCACUUCCUCGACGACCUCCUUGCGUUUGACGCACCUCUUGCUGUUGACUCGAGCUGGUGGGACGGGAGUGAAGGAAGUGAGUUGUCCUUCGAUGAUUUCUUGCUCGGGAUGGGCCUUCCGCAGCCUCCGGCCACCGACGUGACAGAGGCUCCUUCCAGUGGACCGUCGACGGUCCCUGUUAUUGUGUUUUGA